AGCCCGAAAAGGUAACAUCGUUGGCGUGUGGCUGUUGGCGGCCGAAGAUGUUUAUCACAUGGCAGCGCGCCGCUGACAGCACUCCGUCUCCCACCUUCCUCGCGGGAGCGUAGCACUGUAUUACUCUCUCGUGACUUGACUUAUUUGUCCUCGCUCCUCGACAAACCUUGUGUGAUUCUUUGGAUAAAGUUCACUGCGGACAGUUUUGUUUUUGUAACUGAUUGAUUAGUCAGCGAUGUUUAGACGCCGCUGACAGACGAGAGUGUGUGGUCAGCCACCAACCACCGUAAACACAGCCAACGACGUCGUUCGUGUCGCCCGCCGACACAGCGCUGUUGCUCGCCGCCGCCGUCGCCGCCGCCGCCACGCCGCCUCCCCGUCUGCCGGUCGUCAGUGCUCGAGAACUGACUUCGUGUGCUUGCCUUUGCAUCGAGGUGGUCGGGAUGAGCGGCAAGGACUCGCACGUGAAGCGCCCCAUGAACGCCUUCAUGGUGUGGUCGCGGGGCCAGCGGCGGAAGAUGGCCCAGGACAACCCCAAGAUGCACAACUCGGAGAUCUCCAAACGGCUCGGCGCCGAGUGGAAGCUGUUGAACGAUGCUGAAAAACGUCCCUUCAUUGAUGAAGCAAAAAGACUCAGAGCCUUGCACAUGAAGGAGCACCCUGACUACAAGUACCGACCGCGACGCAAAGCCAAGAGUCUUGCAAAGAAGGACAGCAGGUACCACUUCCAGCUGCCAAUGUUCCAGCCGAUGUUGGAAGGUCUCCGCCCUUUCUACCCUCCCCCCCACCUGCUAGCGGCCCACGGAGCUCCAGGGGGGUCUGACAAGUCCCCUGGAGAGCUGCCUCGCCCCCUCCUGCCCCCUCCGAUGUUCCCCCCGCACCUGGCCGGCUUCCCCUACCCCUCCAUGGACCCGAUCCUGUCGCGGCUAAGCUCGCCCGACGCCCUCGCGCUGUCCAAGCUGUCCUCGCAGGACUCGCUCGCGUUCUCCAAGAUGGCACAGACGGAGUCCUCGAUCUUCUCGAGGCUCGCCCCGCACGACAUGUUCGGCCUCUCGAGACUCUCGUCGCCGCCUCUGUCGUCGCACCUGUCGGCCUCCCACGGGGCGUCGUCGUCGGGCCUGCCGAGCUCGGCCGCAGGACCCAGCCUCGGCUCCCCCGGCCUCUCCUCGCCCUCCGCCCACCCGUCGUCGCCCAGCCUCACGCCCUCCAGCCUCGCGUCACCCAUACCAAAGUACCCGUCCGAGGUCCCCGUCGUGAGCGUCAUGUCGCGGCUGCCCCUGGAGAGCCCGUACCUGGGCCUGACCACGCGGGACCUGGAGCACUUGCGGCUGCAGCACCUGCAGUCGCUCGAGAGAGAGCGGCGGAUCCACGAGGGGCUGGCCGCCUCGCCGCCGCCCUCCAGAAGUAGGUCGCCCUCGCCGUCCAGCCCCAAGAUCGACGUUGACUGCCGCUCCAGAGAAUCUAGUCCGUCGAGAAGCCCUAUCGACAUCGAGCACCCGCCGUCGGUGCAGGGCGCCUUCCGGAGGUUCGAGGACUCGGUCGCACACGACGAGGACCCGGAGGCUUCCAGCGAGGAGGCGCGGGCCUUCACCCGCUACAGUGAGCGUAAGUCCUCGGAGGCCGACGCGGAGGCGCCGCCCGGCAAGUCAGCGUCUCCGCCGGUGACGCUGAGGCUGCCGCCGCACCCGUUCUCGCCCGCCGCCCUCGCCAGCAGCCUCUACUCGCAUCACCACGCGGCCGCGUCGCCCUCCGCCGUGGUCUCCGCGGCCGACGUCACCAGAAGCUACUUAGGCAGCUGCGUGUAUCCUUCAGGAGCUCCUGUAGGAUACCACCACGACCCCCGAGCCGCCCUCUCCUACUUCCUGGUGCGGCCGGAGGCGAAGUAUCUCUCCGCCUCCCCGCUGACGCCGUCGCUCUCCUCGGCCUCGCCGCCUUCGGUCGUGCAGUGAGGCGCGGGCUCGGAUCCUCGUGCC